AGGUAGUUGAUGCAAUGUGGGCUAGAUAUAGUUCUACAGGUAUAAUAAAAUAUUAUUAAUUAAUAAGUUUUUGCAUGUGCUACUUAAAAUAAAAUAUUUUUUUAUGAUUUAAAUGUUGAUAAAAUUGGUAAGCUUGCAGAAUAGAAAUAUAAUAUUGCAUUUAAUUAAAGAGAUCCAAUUAUUUUAGUUGGUGAUACUCAUAGUGGUAUAACACUACUUAAAUUAAGUCGAAAUCUUACAAAAUGUAAAUAAUAUAAAUUUAAAAUUUUAGUUGGUAUAAAAGCAUCUAAUUUUCCAGAUGGAAAAGUUCCAAAAGAAUUAGAAAAUAUGUCAAUUAAAGAAUAUGAAAAAUAGAAGAUGGAAAAUCUAUUAUAAGUUGUUUCAAAAUGGGAGAGAGAGGAUUAUUGA